GACAUUGCCAACACCAAGGUCAGUGGUGUGAAAACGACUGGCAAUGCUGCCACAAUCUGCAGUGUGACAAACGAACCAAUGUUUGCGCAUGGCAGUGUGCCCAAAAAGGACAUUGGUGCCGUUCAGACCGGGAUUGUUGUAAUCCGAUGGAAUGCCGUUCGGAUCAGUGCAAAAACAAAUGUCAAUCCCGUGGAGAACGAUGUGAUCAGGAUUGGCAGUGUUGUCAUGGGAUGCGAUGCGACCGAUGGAAACGCGAAUGUGACAAGCCGUGCGUGAACCGGUGGGAAUGGUGCUAUCGCGACUCGGACUGUUGCAGUGGAAUGCAAUGUCGCGGGAACAAAUGCUACUGA